GGCGGCGGCGGCGCCUGACUGGGUGAGCGGCGCCGGGAGGGCGGUGCGGUGCGGCCAUGGCCGCGGCGCCGCCGGGGCUGGAGCUGUGCCCGCACUGCCACCGGCCCUUCAAGCGGCUCCGCGCCCACCUCCCGCACUGCAAGGCCGCGCCGAGACCAGACCCCGGCAGCGCCCCAGGGACAGACCUAGGCCGCGGAGCGGCCGCCAGCAGCGCUCCACGCCUAGGCCGCGGACCGGCCGCCGGGCCCUCCGCGCCCGGGAGCGGCUCUGGCUCCGCAACCGGGCCGGGGGCAGGCAGCGGGCCACGGGCGGGAGCGGCCGGUAAGAGCAGCAAGCGGCUGCCCAGCCCCGGCGCAGCCCCCCGGGAGGCGGCGGCCCCGAAGGGGAAGAAGGCCGCGGCCGAGCACGGUGGACGGUCCGGCCUCGGGCUUCGCCACCAGCCCGACAGAUGCCGCGCAGAGCAGAAGGUGGAGGCUGGUGUGCAGGACAUAGCCAAGUCCCUUGAUUUGCUCCCUGAGGAGGUCAAAGAUAUACCCAAAAAGCUGAGUAACGGAGUGAAAAUAGUAAUAGAGAAGCACCGUGCCAAGGUGCUCAGGGAGAAGAGCAGUUCCAGGAGCAGGGAUGUGUCAGCUGGAAGCCACAGCACAGCUAGUUUGCCUGUGGAAGGGCCAAAUCCAGGCAGUGCUGCUGGCCACACUGACGCAGCCCAGCCUGACCUACAGGAGGGAAUAACUGUUCCAGAAACCGCCAACACCAAGAUGCGUGGCCUUGGAGCUGCAGAGAAUGCAUCUGCAAGCUCAAAGGGAGAAAAAGGCGGUAGUUUAAAGGGAACAAAAAUAUGCGUACUUCAAGAUCCCCCCAAAGCUGACUGCAGAAGUACCCCUGGUGACCUCGUUCAGCAGGAGGGAAUAGACAAAACCGUGACAGAAGAGAAGCAGAUGCACCUAGAAGUUGGUGUGGAAUAUAAAGCCCCUCUUUCUGCUUUGCAUACCAAGAACCUCCAUCUGUCAGUGAGAGAGGGUUUCAAAGGUCACAAUGAAGAGACAUCCAAAAAUUACCUAACCAGCAUACAAAAGCUUCGAGAGAGCAAGCAGCAGAUGGCUGUAGUUUCUGAGCCUAUCCUGAAUGCGGGGAGAGACACGGGGCUGGCGCUGGACCAGUUCUUGCUCCGCACCUCCAAAAGCCAACCCAUCUGUCUGUCCCAGGCCUCUGGCAGGAGCACACCGGCAGGUGCCAUGGGCUUGGAAUGGUUUCCAGACUUACAUCCUAAUUAUCAUGGGCUGAAUAUUUUUCCAGGGAAGCCUUUCCAAGAAGGCGUGGGGAUCAUAAUGAAGACACCAGAGGGCAAUUUCUCAGACGGACAGCAAGGUCCCCUCUCAGAAAGGCGCCUGAUGGAUGUAAGGCUGGGGGAGCUGCCCGCUUGGCUGGCCACCUGCAACUUUUCUCCCCAGGGGCUGCUUGGAGGAGUGCAGAAAGCCUGGAAUAACUACUACGACAAAUACAUCAACGUGAAGAGGGGGGGACCCGCUGGGAUCUCCAUGCUGCUGGCUGGAUACUGCCUCCUCAGCUAUGGCUGGAACUAUCAGCACAUCAAAUGUCAUCGCUGGCGUAAAUACCACUGAAGAAGCUGGAACAGCAUCAGAGGAAGCAUCACGAAUACUUGGCCGGAAUCAGCAGAAGUGCUCAGGACCAGUGUCCCAGCAGGGAUUCAAAUCAGCAGAGGCCCAUUUGCUGUCAGAAUCAGGCUCUUCAGUUACCUUCCUGCAGACAGAGGGAUGACGCUGACAGCAAUAGCCUGCGAUCACCGCUCUGUGGUUCAGGCAGUAUUUAGUGCUGAAAGAAGAAACUGUUAGAGCUGCCCCUUAGGGGUCUGUUUGCAGUAGAGCUGUAGUCUGCAGAAGCCCAAAUCUCUUGCUUCGGGACACCAGACACAGGAGAACUCCUUGGUCUGGGCUGUUCAUAUAGAUUAAUGGACACGCAAUGUUGCGGUCAGUGUUUGGCAGUAAGGUUUGUGAUGGAUUGUGGCAGGGCGGGGUUUGGCCAGAUCAACCAUUUCCUUUAAAUUAGCAGAGUUUUGCCCACCGCAGCCUAUUUUUUUUUUUUUUUUUUGCUUACCCCUGUCCACAGGAAGCACGAUGGGGUUUGCUACCGACUGUCAGGAGAAGGGUAGUCCCAGGCCCUGCUUUGCUGUCACCACAGCGCUGGUGGCACUGCCCAGGCUCUGAGGGAAGGGCCUGCGUGCAGGCAUUAAAGCAGAAGCACUUAGACCGCAGCGCCCUAGUUCUGGAGGAAGAAAAUCCAUUGGAUUAGCUGUUGUGCCCAAAGGGCAAACCAAUGUCUGCAUCAGACAAACGAGGACAGUUAUGAGAGUGCUAGUUGUAGCCUGCCAUCACUAAACAUGUCUGGAAAAGGACUGGUCAUGUUACAGGCAUGAAGGGUAAAACAAAACAAAAAAAAAAAACGAAAGCCAAGGAAAAAAAAUUCUGAGCUCUUUAUUCAAAGAGCAGUGCAGUAGU